AUGAACAUGGACGAGUUGAUCUUCGCUUCGUCGGGGGUCCUGGUGCCCUAUGUUGCUCAGGCCCCGCUGACAGGAGUCCCCGGAGAGCGUUCCGCACCCGUUCUUUGUAUCCCUGUGCUCCAGAGGGCCGGGGGAUUUCUCGCUUGCCUGCCGGUCGGAUCGGUGCCUCCUUCGCUACUAGAGCAGGGUUUCGACGAUGCCGAGCGGUCGCUGCAUGGGCCCUCCACUGUACUAGAGGUUCCCGCGGUGGAGGAGACGGAGGAAGGAGAAGAGGAGCCUUCUCCGGAAGGCCUGUCUGUACUGAUUGUCGAUGUGAGCGACCAGGCCGCUUCCUUCCUGUCAAUCUUCGACCCGGGAUCCUUUCCUUCUGUGGUCGCCUUCGACCCCUCGCUUCCGCAGCGCUUCCCACAGGCGGACCAGCUUUUGGUUCUGGUGCGGGACGAGGGGGCCCGCCGCCCCAAGCAAGCGGUUCCAAAGCCCAAGCGUGUGACCACGGCCCACCUGGCCACUCAGAUGGCGCUUUUGCUGGAUGUUGUGCCAAAGCUAACGGGCCAGUUGGAGACGUUGGGGGCUCGGCAGAAAGCGCUAGAGGAGAAGGUGGCCUUAGGGUCUUGCCUCGAUGGUGGGGCCUCCCCCGAGGACAGGCCAGGAGCAGACGAGGAUCCCCUGGGUCCAGUCGAGCAACAAGGCCUGCAGGAGGCCAUUGCAAGCCAGAGCUCUGCGUUGACCCUCCUGGUCAACCACCUUAUCAGCCAAGCGGCGGACUCAGCCGGAGAUUUUGGUUCGGGCGCCAGUGGGUCGGCGGCCCUCUCCUCCCGAGGCACUGCAAAGCGCGAGCGCCUUCAGGCCGAGCUCGCGGAGCACACCGGCAACUUCAUGGUGGCAGUCUCGGACCUGCUUCUGUCAGGGCAGGUGGAAGGAGCCUUAGAUGGCCUGGCGCUGAUGCAAGUCGCCCUCGAGCAGGCGGCCCAGGAUGGCAACAAGUGGGAGAUUGCCUACGCCCUCUCCUUGUUCCCGGCUCCGAGCAUGGGCUCCUCUUUGUCCGGCGUCGUGGGCGACCACGACGCUUGCAUAUCUGAAGGAGGCUCCAAAGAGGGCGCCGAGGAAGCCACGGUUCCCAAGGAAGCCAAAGGCCUUCUGUGCAUCAGCUGGGCCCUCGGGCCUCCCCUCUUCAGUGUUCUCGCCUCCAGGUCCCCUAGGGUUGCUCCCCGGGCCCACUUUGAUAGGACCCCCUUCGCGGCUUUCCUCUCUUCUCUUUUGCACCAGCAACCGUCGAGCUCUCGAGCUCCUGCCCGCUCCCUCUUUCCGCUGCCUUGGCCCUUUUACGGUGUCUUUGACGAUUGCUCGCACUUGGGGCCUCGAGCCCGUGCCCGUGUGGGGGUCCGUCGCCUCACGUGCGUCACCGUUGCCGCCCUCAACUACUUGCACUCAGGUGGCACCGCAGUCGUCCGCAGCGCAAUGCUAAAGGUGCCCAAUGUGGCACAGGCCCGUGCCCUUUCCUACAUUGGCUCCCUUAUCAGGAGUGGAAGUUCCGCUGAGCCUUUCGAAAUCGUAUCGGCUACGCGCAGAACUGCUGAAUUAGUGGCCCGCCUCGGCGAGGUCUCUGAGCAUGUCACCCGCCUCGCUCCCACGUGUGAUCCCUACGGCCCGGCCUUCCCACAGAUCAGAAUGACGGAGGAGGAGAAAACUAAGGCCCUGCACCCUUACACGGACCUGAACCCAGCUCGCCUCAAGCUCAGUGGCUCGGGUCAGUGGGAUCCCUCCCCCUUCCUGGAGGACUCACUAUACCUUGCCUUUCGUGAGCCGCAAAGCCUGCUGCUUUCUCACAUCGUCCCCCCAGGUCCAGGCGAUGUCCCUCUGCCGUGUACUGACGAGGAGCGUACUUUUCAGUUAUGCAAGAUCUGGGACGCGCAGGGGCUACUUCGGCUGGCCUCGUCUGGCCCUCCCGAAGAUCGACCCUAUGAGGCCGUUAAGAUUUUCAAUGCAGCCAAAGACAGCACCACCGACAGGCAGAUCGCCGAUCGCAGGGGACGGAAUUGGUGUGAGGGUAGGAUAAGAGGCCCCUCGUGCAUGCUUCCCUCGGGCAGCUCUCUCGUGUGUUGGCACAUCCGCCCCCACCUUGAAACCGCCUCCAUCAACGCUACUGACCGGAAAGAUUUUUAUCAUCAGCUUGCCGUUCCUAGGCAGAGGGCUCUCCGAUCGGUGCUCCUCCCCCCUCUUCCGGUUUCCAAGCUCAGGGAUACUCGAGCCUUUCGGGCCUUCCUUGAAGAGGGCGGUCCCUCUUCUGCUACUCGCCUCUUCCCCUGCUUUGGGGCGGUGCUGCAGGGUGAUGCCCUGGGGGUAGAAUUUGCCUGCUCCAGUCACGCUGCUUUGCUGGAACAGCAUGGUCUGCUUCAGUCAGACUCAAGGAUCUUCGGGCUUCGCCCCUUCCCACCAGGAGCCGGCCAGCAUAAACUCAUUGAGGGCCUGGUCAUAGACGACUACUUCGCCAUUUCCCGACGGCCUCUGGGGCCCACUGAUGCGACUCCUGCGGCCGUGUCGGCCCUUUGCCAGGCGAAGCAGGUCUAUCAGUCCUACGGGAUUCUGGGGUCUGACCCCAAGGACAUCGUAAACUCCGAGUGCGCGGUCGUCGCUGGUGCCGAGCUCGACUGCUCUCCAAUGACCCGGUCUUUGAACCUUGCCUUGGUCGGUCCUCCUAAGAAGAAGAGGCUAGCCAUCUCCGCCAUUGGACUUGAAAUCUGCAGGCUAGGCGCUACUACAGAUCAUCUGCACCUCUCCCUUUUGGGGGCCCUGACAUCCUCCUUCCUCUUUCGCCGGCCGCUGAUGUCACUCUUGGGCCAGUCUUUUGGUUUUGUUGACGCUGCCUCCAUCAGCCCUGCAGCCUCCAAAGUGCUCCCUCUCCCGAGGAAGGUCGCUGACGAGAUCACCCUCGCUUCCAUCCUCAGCCUCCUGUGUGUGAGUGACAUCGCCGCUCCUUGGUCCUCCCAGGUCUUCGCCACUGACUCGUCAGACACGGCUGGUGCUGUCGUGGCCGCGCCCUGCCCUUCUGAGGUCACCGAGGCGGUCUGGACAUCCACUUAUAACCUCACCGCGUCGGCUCGCAUGCUUUCUAGGGAGCGCGCCGCUCUGAGGAGGGUCGACCCAGGUUUCGAAGAAGUCCCAGAAGAGCCUCUUGAAAAGCGCACCGAGCAGGUAAAGCGCCCCCUGGCCCUUCGGUUCAACAUCCUUUUCCUAGGCCCUGGUCUCGAGGGCUUGCGUGCGGCUGUCAUCUCCCAAGGCCUCUCGGUCGGCCCCUCCUUGCAUACUCAGGCGUCACCGGAAUACGACUUACUGUCCUUCUCGGUCUGGGGCUGGGUUGCCCACCUCCUUGAGGAAGGCCUGAUCGAUGCCUUGGUCGUCCGGCCCCCGUCCUCUACCUUUGCUUUGGCA